UUCAGAUUUCGUCCUCGUUGUCAGUAGUCCAUAUCAAUUUCUUCUAAACUGCCAUUCACCAACUACGUUUAUUCCAUUUACCUACGGUCCUUCUUUGCAUCCAUCAUCAUGCAGUUCACUAGUCUCACCCAAUUACUCACCGUAGCCUUGAUGGCUACCUUGCAAGUCGCUCAGGCAGCACCUGUCGAAGCAGAUGUUGCCUUGGCAGCACGUCAUCAUAAAGGCGCGGGCGGUGCUGGUGCCGCAUCAGCAGGUGGAGCAGCAGCCGGUGGUGCUGGUGGCUUAGCUGCUCUCUUUGGUGGUGGUGCCGGAGCAGCAGGUGGAGCUGAUGCCGCAGGCGGCGCAGGCGGUGCUGGUGGCUUGGCUGCUCUAUUGGGAGGCGCGGCCAAAGAACGCCGUCACCACAAAGGCGCUGGAGGUGCCGGAGCUGCAGGUGGAGCAGCAGCCGGUGGUGCUGGUGGCUUAGCUGCUCUCUUUGGCGGUGGUGCGGCUGGAAAGGGUCAAGCAGGAGCCGCAGACGCAGCAAAGGGUGCUGCCGCAUAAAAUAACAACAAUAAUAACGCCACGGAUGACAAUUCUAAUUACAGACGCG